UCAUGUGUUUGCGAAAUAAACUGACAGAAGCUUAGCUCAGGAAAGAAGAAGAAGAAGAAUAGAGAAGUAAAAUGGGAAUCUUCGAGCCCUUUAGAGCUAUUGGAUACAUUACCAGCGGUGUUCCUUUCUCCAUUCAGCGAUUGGGCACCGAAACCUUCGUCACCGUCAGUGUUGGCAAGGCUUUUCAGAUUUACAAUUGCGCAAAGCUCAGCUUGGUGCUUGUUGGUCCACAAUUGCCAAAGAAGAUCAGAGCUCUUGCCUCCCAUCGAGAACUCACAUUUGCUGCUCAUGGGAAUGAGAUUGCUGUUUUUAAUCGUGCUCAUCAGGUAUCAACUUGGAGUAGGCAUCCAGCAAAGAUCAAUUCUUUGCUAUUGUUUGGAGAGCACAUUCUAAGUGUUGAUAUUGAAGGUAAUCUCUUUAUAUGGGCAUUCAAGGAAAUUGACCAGAAUCCUGCACCAGUUGGACAUAUUAUCCUAGAUGACAAUUUUACUCCUAACUGUAUGAUGCAUCCUGAUACUUACUUAAACAAGGUUAUUAUUGGGAGUCAAGAAGGUUCUCUACAGCUUUGGAACAUCAGUACAAAAAAAAGACUAUACGAGUUUAAGGGAUGGAAUUCUUCUAUCACAAGUUGUGUUUCAUCUCCAGCAUUAGAUGUGGUUGCUAUUGGUUGUGCUGAUGGAACUGUACAUGUGCACAACAUACGUUAUGAUGAAGAAUUAGUUACGUUUACACAUUCAACCCGAGGUGCUGUGACCACGUUAUCUUUUAGCACAGAUGGACAGCCUCUUCUAGCAUCUGGUGGUUCGUCUGGUGUCAUAAGCAUAUGGAAUCUUGAGAAAAGAAGGCUACAAUCAGUUAUAAGAGAUGCUCAUGAUAGUUCCAUCCUUUCACUCCACUUCUUGGCCAAUGAGCCCGUAUUAAUGAGUUCAUCAUCUGACAAUUCCAUUAAAAUGUGGAUUUUUGACACAAGUGAUGGAGAUCCUCGUCUUCUACGUUUUCGAAGCGGCCAUAGUGCUCCGCCAAAAUGCAUAAAGUUCUAUUCCAAUGGAAGACACAUUUUAUCAGCUGGACAGGAUCGCGCCUUUCGCCUUUUCUCUGUGAUCCAGGAUCAACAAAGUAGAGAGCUCUCCCAACGCCAUGUGUCGAAACGAGCCAAGAAACUGAAGAUGAAGGUAGAAGAGAUAAAAUUGAAGCCUGUUAUUGGGUUUGACUGUGCUGAAAUUAGAGAGCGAGAUUGGUGUAAUGUGGUUACGUGUCACAUGGAUACUGCACAGGCGUAUGUGUGGAGACUUCAAAACUUUGUUCUCGGCGAGCAUAUUCUUAAACCCAGUGCCGAAAAUCCAACACCUGUUAAGGCCUGCGCCAUUAGUGCAUGUGGAAAUUUUGCCAUACUAGGCACUGCAGGUGGUUGGAUUGAGCGAUUUAAUCUUCAGUCAGGAAUCAGCCGUGGCAGUUACCGAGAUACUUCAGCGAGAAGAAGCUGUGCCCACGAUGGAGAAGUGGUUGGAAUUGCUUGUGAUUCAACAAAUACUCUAAUGAUAAGUGCUGGAUAUCAAGGAGACAUAAAGGUUUGGGAUUUCAAACGGUAUGAGCUAAAAUCCCGAUGGGAAGUUGGUUGUUCUGUUGUUAAAAUUGUUUUCAAUCGUCUGAAUGGUCUUUUGGCUACUGUGUCCGAUGAUCUAGUCAUUCGAUUGUUUGAUGUUGUGGCAUUGAGAAUGGUUCGUAAGUUUGAAGGUCAUACGGAUCGUAUCACUGACAUGUGCUUUAGUGAGGAUGGGAAAUGGCUCAUAUCAUCAAGUAUGGAUGGAACUCUUCGAAUUUGGGACGUUGUCUUGGCUAGACAAAUAGAUGCAAUACAUGUUGAUGUGGCUAUUACAGCAUUGGCUCUAUCACCAAAUAUGGAUAUUUUUGCAACAACCCAUGUUGAUCAAAAUGGGGUUUAUCUGUGGGUAAAUCAAUCAAUGUUCUCUGGUGCUUCCAAUGUUGAUUCCUAUGCCAGUGGGAAGGAAGUUGUGAGAGUUAAGUUACCAUCUGUGUCUUCAGCAAAGGAUUCUGCAGAUGAUGAUUCCGAAAAGCCAACUGUGAAUGCCCUACAAUCUAAAGAUACCGCCACUCCUUUUCAUAGUCUCGAUCAGCAAAUCCCAGACCUUGUUACUCUUUCUCUUUUGCCUAGAAGUCAGUGGCAGAGUUUGAUUAAUUUAGACAUUAUAAAGGUGAGAAACAAACCAAUCGAACCACCAAAGAAACCGGAAAAGGCUCCAUUCUUUAUGCCUUCCAUUCCAUCUCUUUCUGGAGAAAUAUUGUUUAAACCUAGCGAGUUAGCAAAUGAGGAGACGAAGAACGACCAAGCGGAAAAACGCAGUAUAAAAUCCGACAUGCCCUUAUCCAAAUUCUUGCAAGUUCUACACUCUGCUGCCGAAACGAAAGAUUUUUCAACAUUCACUGACCAUAUUAAAAGCUUAUCUCCCUCAACCUUGGAUAUGGAACUUCGAAUGCUUGAGAUCAUAGACGAAGUUGAUGAUGAUGAUGAUGAUGAUGAGAAAAGACCCGAAUUGUUAUCGAUCGAAAUGCUUUUGGAUUAUUUUAUAGAGGAGAUCUCAUGCAGGAACAAUUUUGAGUUUGUACAAGCUGUGAUGAGAUUGUUUCUGAAGAUCCAUGGGGAGACAAUAAGGUGCAAGUCAGGAUUGCAGGAGAAGGCAAAGAAGCUUUUGGAGAUACAAAGCAGAGUAUGGGAAGGAGUUGAUAAAUUGUUCCAGAGCAGUAGAUGUGUUCUAACUUUUCUAACAAACUCACAUAUCAUCAUCUAAAAUCUAAUCCACUACUCAAUAUCCCAUUUUUGCCAACCCCCUUUUACAUUAUUGUAACAUACUUUCAUUAUAUGUAUUACAAAUUUUGAGAAAUUUUUACUUAUCCAAAAA